AUGGCCCACUACCAGCAGGCCCCCUACUCCGACUCUCCUGCCUACGGCCAGAACGCCUACCAGCAGCAGGGCAACUACGGUGGCUACAGCGACUCCCCCCAGCAGGGCGGCUACAACCAGUACUCUGGUGGCCACGAAGGUCCCGGUGGCUAUGGUGGCGCUAGCGGCUACGAGCCCGCCAAGAAGAAGCGCAACAAGUGGCUCUGGAUCGGUCUCCCCAUUCUCAUCAUCGCCAUCAUCAUCGCUGCUGUCCUUGGUGGUGUCCUCGGGUCAAGAUCAAGCUCAAGCGAUGAUGACAACUCUUCUUCCUCUAGUUCCGAUUCGACUGGCUCCUCCAACGCAAACACUGGUCUGCCAAGUGGCGUGACGAGCGCAAACACUGCUACCAAUACUGGUGCCAAUGGCGAGGUCUACCUUGCCGUUGCUACCGACAGCGAAUACAUGCUGCCCGUUUAUGCCACCGGCACCAACACUGCUGGCUACUCUGCCCCUACUACCGUCUCUGAUGCCGCGUCCACCGACUCUUGGCCCGAUGACCCCGACACUGUCUCCAACUCUAGUAUCCGAGCCAACCCCCGUCUCGCCCCUGCUUACAAGUGGGAGGCCCUCACCAGCGGCGGUCUCAUCGAGAACAACCCUUACUUCAACUACUGGAACGCUACCAUCGUCCAGAACGCCAGUGACACUCUCAGCGACGACCCUACCCCCUAUGACAUUGAUGGUGGUCUUGCUGGCUCUGGUGUCCUUGAUGUCGCCCGAGAAAUCAAGCUCAAGGUCAAGAACUGGGCCUACGCCUACAAGGUCACCAACGAGACCAGGUAUGCCGACCGAGUCUGGCUCGAGUUGCGGACCGCUGCUGGUAACAACUCUGAUGUCUCAUUCGGUAACGAGACCACUCGAUGGAACAUGCAGAACCACGCUCUCGACGCUGCCGAGUUCUGUAACGCGUUCGCUAUUGGAUAUGACUGGCUGUACGACUUCUGGACCGAUGACCAGAAGGAUGCCAUCAUGUGGUCCAUCAUCAACCUUGGUCUCUACUAUGGCAACCUCGCCUUGAACGGCUCCACCGAGGCUUCUUCCUACAACUGGUGGGCUGGUACCGGCGUUGGCAACUCUGCUGUCAACGGUAACUGGAACUGUGUCAUUAACGCCGGUCUUACGUCUGCCGCCAUCGCCAUCAUCGACAGAGAUCCAACGGGCAUUGCCCAGACUGUUCUCGACCUUUCAACCGCCGAUGCCCUCAACAACUGUUUCACUGCUCCCUACUCUGACGGUACCUGGUCCGAGACUGCCAAUUACUGGUACUUUGGUACAACCGGUGCGGCCGAGAUAGUCAACGCCCUCGAGUCUUCUUACGGCAAUGACCGUGGUCUCCUCGAGUCCAACUCUGAUGGUUGGAACCACACUUCCCUCUUCCACAUCUACGUCCAGGGCAUGACCUCCUUGUUCAACUAUGGUGACCACGGACCCAACAAGUACUCUUCCACUGCCAACUCUCUUCUUUACUGGGCCAACAGGUUUGACCAGCCACGAUACGCGCUCUACCAGCGAGACCACUAUGACGCCCCCGAGCCUUGGUCCAUGUUCUGGUACAACCCUGCGUUUGACGGCACUUGGUGGGACGGCCUGCCUCUUGACCACCACUUUGACCAGUCUGAGGGUCAGUGGGCUACUGCCCGUUCCAGCUGGGCCGACAACGACGGUACCUACUGGGCCAUGAAAGCUUCCGAGCUCACUGGUCACCAGACCCAUGGUGAUCUCGAUAUCGGAGACUUUGUCAUUGAUGCCAUGGGCCAGCGAUGGGCGGGUGAGCUUGGUUCUGGACAGUACCUUUCCGACGGUUACUUUAGCAGCGAGGAGCAAAACUCUGAGCGAUGGGACUACUACCGGAAGGCGACUGAGGGCCAGAACACGCUUCUCAUUAGCGAGCAGAACCAGCAAGUCAGUGCUACCCCCACCGGUAACUGGGGUUCUUCCGGAACCGCUCAGGGCCCUGCUCCCUCUUUCGAGAUCCAGAGCGAUGACACUGCCUACUUCUGGACCGACAUGUCCUCUGCUUACAACUACACCGUCAAGCGAGGUAUCCGAUUCGUCAACGCCCGAAAGCAGAUCCUCCUCCAGGACGACGUCGAGUCUGUGCCCAACCUCCAGUGGAGGAUGCACACUAACGCCACCGUCUCUCUCUCCGACGCUACUGCCACUCUUGUCCUCGACUCUGAGACUCUUGUUGCCUCUAUCGUCCAGGGUCCUUCUGGCGCUGCUUUCAGCACUGCCGAGCCCACUCGAGCCAGCAGCGACCCUGCUCUGCCUACUGGCACUAUCAACGCAGACCAAGAAAACCCCGGAGUCACAGUGUUGACCAUUGAUGUCGAUGAUGGAGGAUCAUUCUCCUUGCAGGUCUUGUUCACUCCUCAAUGGGGAAGCAACUUUACCGCCGUUGACAGCGUGAACAAUGUGUCGCUCGAUGACUGGAGUUUGACAAGUCACUAA